AUGGCCGAGCAGCUCGACUUUGACCUCUGCUUGGACGAUGAGUUUGACGCGCUGUACCUCGAUGUGAAGCAAUCGGGCCAUGUCGGCUCGUUGUCGAGAAAUGCAAAGUAUCCGGGAAAACUCCACGCCCGCCGCGUCGCCGCCGAACUGCAGGUCGACGAUGGCUUCAUCUACCUUCCCGGCCAGCCCGAGAUCCAACUCGAGGACUCGGACCAGCCGCGCCUCUUCCGCCAGCGCCGCUACUUCAUGUACAUGACGGGCGCCAACUUUGCCGACUGCCACGUCACCUACGACGUCAAGGCCGCCCACCUCGUCCUCUGGAUCCCCUACGUUGAGCCCCGCCAGGUGCUCUGGUUCGGCUCCAAGCCGUCGGCGGCCGAGUGCCUGCGCCUCUUCGACGUCGACGAGGUCCGCUACGCGAGCCAGCUUCCCAAGUUCGUCGCCGCCCUCCCCUGCGACAAGACCUUGUACCUCCUGCACGCCGACCAGAAGCCGCCGGUGGAGGGUGACAGGAGCAGGUGCAAGGUCAACUCGAGCCUUCUCCGUCCCGCCAUGGACCGGGCCCGCGUGGUCAAGACGGACUACGAAAUCGCCAUGAUCCGCCGCGCCAACGACGUCUCCUCGGCCGCCCACCGCAAGGUGGCCCAGCUGCUCCUCAGCCUCGGCACCGAGCGCGACGUCGAAGCCGUCUUCCAGGCCCUCUGCACCUCCCGCGGCGCGCGCUCCCAGUCGUACCCCAUCAUCGCCGGCGCCGGGACGAACGCGUCGACGCUGCACUACGACCUCAACGACCAGCCGCUCCAGGGGAAGCAGCUCCUGCUGCUCGAUGCCGGCUGCGAGUGGGACUGCUACGCGAGCGACGUGACGCGCACCCUGCCCCUCUCGGGCGCCUGGACUCCGAGGGCGGCGGCCAUCCACGCCGUCGUGCAGCGGAUGCAGAACGAGUGCAUCGCCGGCGUCCGUCCCGGCGCCGUAUUCUACAAGCUGCACCUGCACGCCGCCGACGUCGCCCUCGACGGCCUGCUCAAUCUCGGCAUCCUCAAGGGCAACCGCGAGGAGAUUGCGCGCGCCGGCACCGUCGCCGGCUUCUUUCCCCACGGCCUCGGUCACCACGUCGGUCUCGAGGUCCACGACGUCAGCGGCGGCAUCCCCCUGGCCGCGACGGACCGCCGCCGCCUCGACGGCGGCAAGCGAGAGAUGAUGAUGGCGGCCGACCUCGUCGCCCUGCGGCGAAGGAGCCGCCACCUGACGGCCGAGGAUGCCGAGAGACAGGCGCUGCGGCCCAACAUGGUGGUCACGGUCGAGCCGGGCAUGCAAGUCGCCCCCACCCCCACCCCCGUUCGAUGCCCCUACUUUUGUCGAGAGUUUCUCGAGGGAUACUACCUCGGCAACUCGCCUCAUGCCCGCUUCAUCGACGGCGCCCUUCUCGAGGAGUACUAUCCCGUCGGCGGCGUGCGCAUCGAAGACUGCAUCCGGGUGACGGCCGAAGGCAACGAGAACCUCACGUCGGCACCCAAGGGGGACGAGCUGCUGGAUGUCAUCAACCGCCGGACGAAACACUGA